CAUACUUAAUUGUAGGUUAUGAUAAACGUCACUGUCACUUUCUUUUAUCGUGCUCGUGCAAAUACACCAAGAAGUGCAUUUGACCAUGGCUGAUGAAAUAAAAAAUGUAGUGGAAAAUGGGGGCGAUGCGCCUCCCAAGACAGCUAAACAGCUUGCCAAAGAAGCCGCCAAACAAGCUAAAUUGGAUAAACUGAAACAGAAAUUAGAGAAACAGCAAAAUGCAGCUCCCAAGAAGGAUAAAGAAGAGAAAAAAGAGAAAAAGAAAGAAGUAAAAGAGGCAGCAACCUACAGUAUCUCGACAUUAGAAGGAGAGAAGAAAGACACCACAGUGGCUUUACCUGAUGCCUAUAGUCCCAAAUAUGUAGAAGCCGCGUGGUAUAGUUGGUGGGAAAAGAAACAGUUCUUUAAACCUGAAUAUGGGAGAAAGUCAAUACUAGAGCCAAAUGCCAACGGGAAGUUUGUUAUUAUUAUUCCUCCACCUAAUGUAACUGGGGCUCUACAUUUGGGACAUGCUUUGACUAGUUCAAUACAGGAUUCUCUAGUUAGAUGGCAUAGGAUGAAAGGAGAGACAACUUUGUGGAAUCCAGGCUGUGAUCAUGCUGGAAUUGCUACUCAGGUAGUUGUGGAGAAGAAGUUAUGGAGAGAAGAAAAGAAAACUCGUCAUGACAUAGGAAGAGAGAAUUUUGUCCAAAAAAUUUGGAAAUGGAAGGAUGAAAAAGGCGUAAGGAUUUAUCACCAGUUGAAAAAAAUGGGAGCAUCUUACGAUUGGGACAGAGCUGCAUUUACCAUGGACCCAAAAUUAUGUAAAGCCGUAGUGGAAGCAUUCGUGAGACUUCACGAUGAUGGCACCAUUUACAGAUCAAACAGAUUGGUCAAUUGGUCCUGUACGCUGAAAUCUGCCAUUUCUGAUAUUGAGGUGGACAAAGUAGAACUGCCUGGUCGAACUUUCCUGUCAGUACCGGGAUAUGAUGAAAAGGUAGAGUUUGGUGUUUUAGUUCACUUCGCAUACCAAGUGGAAGGAUCUGAUGAAAAACUGAUAGUAGCCACAACUCGUGUGGAAACAAUGUUGGGUGAUACGGCUGUUGCUGUGCAUCCAGAUGAUGAAAGGUAUACACACUUACACGGAAAAUACGUGACCCACCCAUUCUGUGAUAGAAAACUACCAAUAGUUGUGGAUGAUUUCGUAGAGUUAGGAUUCGGUACUGGAGCUGUUAAAAUUACACCUGCCCACGAUCCUAAUGAUUACGAAGUGGGGAAAAGGCACAACUUACCUUUUAUUAACAUCUUUGAUGACGAGGCAAUCAUCGUUGGAGAUUAUGGAAAGUUCACAGGAAUGAAACGAUUCCAUGCCAGAAAAGAAAUUGUAACAGCUUUAAAAGAAAAGGGUCUUUAUAUAGACACGAAGAACAACCCUAUGGUGGUGCCCAUUUGUAAUCGUAGCAAAGAUAUUGUGGAACCUAUGCUGAAGCCUCAGUGGUAUGUACGAUGUGGUGAGAUGGCUCAGGAAGCCGUAAAUGCCGUUAACAACGGUGACCUGAAAUUAAUUCCUGAAGUGCACGUAAAAAUCUGGCAUCACUGGAUGGAAGGUAUCCGCGAUUGGUGUAUAUCAAGACAGCUGUGGUGGGGUCAUCGAAUUCCUGCGUAUUUCGUCACUAUGAAGAGCAAACCACAACAAAAGCUUUUGCCAGGAAGCGAUGAUGGAGAAUUUUGGGUAUCCGGAAGAACCAAAGAAGAGGCAUUAAAGAAGGCUGUGAAAAAAUUCAACGCUAAAGAAGAUGACUUAAUCUUGACUCAAGAUGAAGACGUGUUGGACACCUGGUUUUCUUCUGGUUUGUUCCCGUUUUCGAUCUUCGGAUGGCCUGACGAAACUCAAGAUCUGCAAGCCUUUUAUCCUACUUCUUUAUUGGAAACUGGCCACGAUAUUUUGUUCUUCUGGGUAGCUAGAAUGGUCUUCUUGGGCAAAAAGUUGUUAGGAAAACUGCCGUUUAAAGAAGUUUACUUGCAUCCUAUAGUACGUGAUGCCCACGGAAGGAAGAUGAGCAAAUCCCUAGGCAACGUAAUUGAUCCCAUGGACGUCAUAACGGGGAUGUCACUGGAAGGUCUUCAACAACAACUGAUCGACGGCAAUCUAGACGCUAAAGAAGUAGAGAAGGCUAAACAAGGACAGAAACAAGACUACCCUGAUGGAAUACCUGAGUGUGGUACUGACGCUCUUCGGUUCGCGUUGUGUGCUAUGUGUUCUGGAAGAGACAUAAAUCUGGAUAUUAUGCGUGUUCAAGGAUACAGAUUUUUCUGUAAUAAGAUCUGGAAUGCUACAAGAUUCGCCUUGACAUAUUUUGCCGCUGAUUUCGAAGCUCCACUCGAUAAUAAAUUGAUCGGAAAUGAAAGUUUGAUGGAUUUGUGGAUGCUUAGUAGACUAGCAACUGCGAUUACUGAUGCCAAUAGAAGUUUCGCUGCUUAUGAUUUUGCUGCAGUUACCACAGCUAUAUAUAACGUAUGGCUAUAUGAACUCUGUGAUGUAUAUUUGGAAAUCUUGAAACCCGUGUUUGCCAGUGACGACGAUGAAGCCAAAAAGACCGCUCAGAUUACCCUGUACAGAGCUUUAGAAAUAGGUCUACGUCUUCUAUCUCCCUUCAUGCCGUUCAUCACCGAGGAAUUGUACCAGAGACUACCCAGGCCGAAAGAGGUUGCCCAGAUAGUGCCGAGUAUUUGUGUAGCUUCGUAUCCGAGCGAGAAGGAGUAUUACAGGUGGAAGAACGAAGAUAUCGAAGACGAAGUGGACUUUGUACAGCGUGUGGUGAAGAGCAUUAGGUCCAUCAGGGGGGAUUAUAAUCUUCAGAAUAAAACAAAAACUGAAGUAUAUAUUCAGUGUAACGACGAAAUGACAGCCGAAAUCAUCCUCAACUACGAAUCAGCCCUUCAAACCUUAGCGUACUGCUCGAAAUCACCGGUAAAUGAAACAGCGCCCCCUGGCUGUACCAUAAUCACCGUUUCCGACAAAUGUGAAGUCAAUUUACUAUUAAAAGGUCUCAUCGAGCCUUCCAAGGAAAUCACGAAGAUCCAGAAAAAACUAGACUUCUUACAGACGACGAGAGAGCGGCUGAAUAAAACCAUGGAAGCUCCAGAUUACGAAUCGAAGGUGCCUUCAGAAGUGAGACACUCCAACGAGGACAAACUUAGCCAGACUAGCGCAGAAAUUAGCCGACUAGAGGCCGCGCUCAGUUCGCUGAGAUUAAUGUAAAGUUUUUUAUACCGUUUUAUACCAAGCUUGUUAAUAUGUUUUUAUUUAUUUGUAGCAUAAUGAACAAUGUUGCACAAAGAAUAUUGUAUUUUCUUUAACCCGCUACAUAGACCAGGGCAUUUAGCUCAAAAUAAAUUGAUUUUUAAAUAGAGCACCUAGAGACUUACAAGUUUUUGCAUUGGGUUCAGGAUUAUGUCAGGAAAAAGUCUACUAUAGAAAACUGGGUGGAAAUGCAUAGUUGCAUAAGUGCAUAAAUUGAAACCAUUUCCUCAGGUUUGAAGGAUUAUUUUCAGUAAUCUGUAUUUAGUGCCGUUUCUCAUUAUGUGUCCGUAUACAACUUUCUCCUUGUAAUCGUAUACAUCCCUUCUCUUUCUUUCCCCAUUCUUUGGUCAUUUGGAUUUGAAUGUAUAGUCACACCUCGAAGGUUUUAAGUUUUUCUCCAUCGCUUCAAUGAGUGUCCAGGAUUUAACUCCGUAGUAUAAUAUUGAGAAGAUAUAACAUCGUAGGAGCCUUACUUUUAUCUCGAGAUUGAGGUUGUGGCUUUCAAAGAGUUUGGACAUGCUUUUGAAUGCACUCCUAGCCUUCUUUAUUCUACAUUUUACUUCUUGUGAGUGAUCCCAUUGUUCGUUUACUAUUGUUCCAAGUUAGGUAAACUGUUUUACUCGGUCCACUGGCGUAUUCUUGAUAAGCAGUUGGACGUCUGUAAUUUUAUUUUUCCUGAUGACCAUAAAUUUAGUUUUUGAUAUGUUUACUUGUACUUGUAGUCCAAAUCUUUCACUUACGUAAUUUACUUUGUUGAUUAGUUGCUUUAAACUGUCUGCAAAAAUAACGCUAUCAUCUGCAUAGCGGAUGUUGUUUAGGCGUUCUCCAUUUAGAAGUGUUCCAUGGUCGAAAUUUUCCAAGGCUUUGUUAAAUAUUUCCUAUGAAUAUAGGUGAAAGUAUACAUCCUUGUCUAAGCCCUCGCAGAAUCUGGAUCGCUUCCGUCGGUUCAUCUUCAAGAUUUGUUCUUAUUGUGGCUGAUUGGUUCCAGUGUAAAUUUUGUAUUAUACGCCGGUCUUUAACAACCAUUUGAGCUUUUGUUAGAACAUCCAUCAUUUUUCAAUGUUGAACUGUAUCAAAUGAUUUUUGGUAGUACACAACCCAGGCAACCAAACAACGUUUUUAUAACGUAGAUAACACGUCGUAAAAAUGACCAAUUAACGUGUUUCUAGACGUAGUACUGACGUUGAAAAUUACGUGUAUUUGUCUCAUCGAUUUGAGGUCAUAAUUGUGACGAUUUUAAAACGUCAUUGUACCUACGUUUUUUUCACGUCGAGAUGGUGACGAUUUUCAAACGUCAAAAAGAUGACGACUUUUACACGUCGCCGUCGGUAAAAUCAAGUCUUUAAUACUUUCAAAAAGUGACCUCUUUGAGAUGUUUCAAAAUAGUAUAAAAAAUAGGUAACAUGAAAAUGUAGGCUACAAAUUAAUUUAAUUAAACUCGAUAACACAUAAUUAGUUCAUUAACAGAAAAUAUACAUCAAAAACAAAUAAGCAUAACCUCAAAUAGUUGACAAGAAGAAUUACUGCAUUAAACUAACUCGCUAAGCAAAAACGAAUAAAAAAUUAACACGUUUCUUCAAAUAUCUAAAUCUAAAUAUCUAAAUGAAAAGUCUUAUUUUAUCACACAAGACACAAACCACGUAAACAAUAAAUGAGAAAUUUCUUAUUAACAACGUUAUAAACGAAAUUGUUUGGAGUCAAUACAAACUUGAAUACAAACAAGCUUUUUAAGCUCCUCCCAAUUUUGUGACGUCAGACUUGGCUGUCUAAAAUGAAAACUUUUUUAAACGUAUUUUAACGUGAUUAAUCUUACGUAUUUAAAAUCACCUACAAAAGACGUAUAUAUGACGUAAUGUUUAAACACAUGUAUAUAUUCAACCAAAGUUGACGUUUCCUCGACGUUAUAUGAGGUCACUUGGUUGCCUGGGAAAGCAGGUGUAGAUAUGGAAUGAGUAGAUUAUAAUAAUGUGCCUCUCGCAAUGUUAACAACAGCGCAAUGUCACUAACUGUACUAAAAACUGUUAAAACUUUUGGUUAGUGUACGUAAAAAGCUGUAGCUCUCUAUUCUAUAGUAUUUUUACUACAAAAGCGAUAUUACGUAGGUGAAAAUUUUUAACGUAAGAGAACUGUCAAAACAUUAGAAUGUGACUUUUAAUUAUUGCCAUGUUUAUAAUAAACAUGGAAAUAAUGAAAAGUCACAUUCUAAUGUUUUGACAGUUCUCUUGACUUUUAAUUAUUGCCAUGUUUAUAAUAAACAUGGAAAUAAUGAAAAGUCACAUUCUAAUGUUUUGACAGUUCUCUUACGUCAAAAAUUUUGACCUACGUAAUAUCGCUUUUGUAGUAAAAAUACUAUAUGUACCUAUUAUGCAAAGUUGAUCAAAUCAAAACAACCUACUUCUUUGCCUAAAAACAUGCGGGAUAUAUUUUACUUUCACCUGUGAGAGACUACGACGUAUUCUUUGCGCAAUUUUGUUCAAACUGUGACUAUAGAGCAUAAUAAUUAUAUGUUCCCUCGUGGCUAUAUAACUGAUAUUUUGUCAAAAUUUUAAAGUUUAAAAUUGCUGCAGGCAGCAAUAGUUUAGUAAUUCAACGUUUUGAGCUAUACAGCCAUGUUUUAAUAAUAUAUUUAUAUAUAAGUUGCUGUAGUAGGAUGAUAGCCUUGUUCACUGAAACCACUUUUCAAUUUUUAUACUAAAUAAUAGCCCCAGUAUUCUGCCCAUACCAAAAAUGUAUCCUUUCAUAACUGACACAAUGCUGAAAUAAAUAUUUAUACACA